CUCUGAGGCCGGGCUUCUCGCCCUGGCGUCUGGUGCGUCCGCGAUGGGGGAUUUGGGAGGGUGGCUUUGUUUUGGGGAAGGGGAUCACACACACGCCAGCACACAGGGGUCCACAAAGAGCCUCAGAUUUUCAUCAUAUCCACUCACAGCUACACCGGUGGACCUCUCAAAUCCAAUCUCAUUCACACAAACGAACGCACACAGGGGUUCACAAGGAACUCUGUAUCUUCAUCGUAUCCACACGUGGCUACAUCCCUGGACCUCCCAAACCCAGUCUCAUUCACACACAGGCGUCCUCAGCCAUUCCCCGCCUUGCACAGCCCCCGCACAGAGCACAAAGUCACAGGUUCUGUACGCCUACAUAGGAUCUCCCGUAAACACGCACGGAGAAGCAUCCACACAGCCACAGAAUCUCGAAGGGCCACACAGUCACGAAGUGGUGUACACAUCUAGUUUCCCAUGCGGGGGUGCGUGCAGAAGCAGAAUUGUUUACAACCUCAUAAUUGUGUCAGUCACAGACAACUCCAGGCAUAUGCUGAGCCGCGCAGUCCCACGUGGACACGCAGUCACAAAGUCGUGUGCACCCUCCAGCAGCGCUGGUCCAUACCACACACCAAAUCUUAAAAUCAUGUGCAACCGCACACACAGGCUUAGCCCCGAAACCCCGCCCCACGCCAGCCAAACACAAAGUUGCGGGAUCACCCACUCACGACCUGGCCCGUGCCCACGACCACAGACGAAAUCUCUCUGUUGCUCCUGCACGCUCCCCUUCCCUGGUGACCAACCACCCUCCCUUGGUCCCCUGGGGCCGGGUAGCUGCCUGAGGGGCGGGGCCAUUCCCUCAGAUAUAAGGCUUGGAAGCCAGCAGCUGCGACUCCCGAGACCCCCCAAGAAGGCCAUGGUCUUCCCACGGAUGUCCGGACUACUGUCCCAGACCGUGAUCCUAGCGCUCUUUUUUCUCCCCCAGGCACGGCCCGCUGGCGUCUUGGAGCUGCAGAUCCAUUCUUUCGGGCCAGGUCCAGGCCCGGGGGCCCCGCGGUCCCCCUGCAGCGCCCGGGGUCCCUGCCGCCUCUUCUUCAGAGUCUGCCUGAAGCCUGGGCUCUCGGAGGAGGCCACCGAGUCCCCGUGCGCCCCGGGCACGGCGCUGAGUGCGCGCGGACCAGCCUACGCCGAGCAGGCCGGAGCACCCGCGCCUGAUCUGCCACUGCCCGACGGCCUCUUGCGGGUGCCCUUCCGGGACGCCUGGCCGGGCACCUUCUCUCUCAUCAUUGAAACCUGGAGACAGGAGUUAGGAGAUCAGAUUGGAGGGCCCGCCUGGAGCCUGCUUGCGCGCAUGGCCGGCCGGCGGCGCCUGGCAGCUGGGGGCCCGUGGGCCCGGGACGUUCAGCGCGCAGGCGCCUGGGAGCUGCGCUUCUCGUACCGCGCGCGCUGCGAACCGCCAGCCGUCGGGGCCGCGUGCACGCGCCUCUGCCGCCCACGCAGCGCCCCCUCGCGGUGCGGCCCGGGACUGCGCCGUUGCGCGCAGCUGGAGGAGGAGUGUGAGGCGACAGCAGAGUGCCAAGCAGGCUGCAGCCCAGAGCACGGCUUCUGUGAGCAGCCUGGUGAAUGCCGAUGCCUGGAGGGCUGGACUGGACCCCUCUGCACGGUCCCUGUGUCCACCAGCAGCUGCCUCAGCCCCAGGGGCCCGUCCUCUGCCACCACCAGAUGCCUUGUCCCUGGGCCUGGGCCCUGUGAUGGGAACCCGUGUGCCAACGGGGGCAGCUGUAGUGAGACACCCGGGUCCUUUGAAUGCACCUGCCCGCGUGGAUUCUACGGGCGGCUGUGUCAGGUGAGCGGGGUGACAUGCGCGGAUGGACCCUGCUUCAACGGCGGCUUGUGUGUUGGGGGCGCAGACCCUGACUCUGCUUACGUCUGCCACUGCCCACCUGGUUUCCAAGGCUCCAACUGUGAGAAGAGGGUGGACCGGUGCAGCCUGCAGCCAUGCCGCAAUGGCGGACUCUGCCUGGACCUGGGCCACGCCCUGCGCUGCCGCUGCCGCGCGGGCUUCGCGGGUCCGCGCUGCGAGCACGACCUCGACGACUGCGCGGGCCGCGCCUGCGCUAACGGCGGCACGUGCGUGGAAGGCGGCGGCGCGCACCGCUGCUCCUGCGCGCUGGGCUUCGGCGGCCGCGAUUGCCGCGAGCGCGCAGACCCGUGCGCGGCGCGCCCCUGCGCUCACGGCGGCCGCUGCUACGCUCACUUCUCCGGCCUCGUCUGCGCCUGCGCGCCUGGCUACAUGGGCGCGCGGUGCGAGUUCCCCGUGCACCCCGACGGCGCAGGCGCGUUGCCCGCGUCUCCGCGGGGCCUGAGUCCCGGGGACCCGCAGCGCUUCCUUUUGCCUCCGGCUCUGGGACUGCUUGUGGCCGCGGGCGUGGCCGGCGCCGCGCUCUUGCUGGUCCACGUGCGCCGCCGUGGCCAAGCCCAGGAUGCUGGGUCUCGCUUGCUGGCGGGGACCCCGGAGCCGUCAGUCCACGCGCUCCCGGAUGCACUCAACAACCUAAGGACGCAGGAGGGUCCCGGGGAUGGCCCGAGCUCGUCCAUAGAUUGGAAUCGUCCUGAAGAUGGAGACUCUCGAGGGAUUUAUGUCAUAUCUGCUCCUUCCAUCUACGCUCGGGAGGUAUCGAUGCCCCUUGUUCCCCCGCUACACACUGGGCGCGCUGGGCAGAGGCAGCGCCUGCUUUUCCCCUACCCUGCCUCGAUUCUGUCUGUGAAAUGA